AUGGCGCUGGGGCUACAGCGCGUAAGGUCGAGCACGGAGCUGCGCAAGGAGAAGUCCCGGGAUGCGGCCCGCAGCCGGCGCAGCCAGGAGACCGAGGUGCUGUACCAGCUGGCGCACACUCUGCCCUUCGCGCGCGGGGUGAGCGCCCACCUGGACAAGGCCUCCAUCAUGCGCCUCACCAUCAGCUACCUGCGCAUGCACCAACUCUGCGCCGCAGGGGAGUGGAACCAGGUGGGAGCAGGGGGCGAGCCACUGGAUGCCUGCUACCUGAAGGCCCUGGAGGGCUUCGUUAUGGUGCUCACCGCCGAGGGAGACAUGGCUUACUUGUCAGAGAAUGUCAGCAAACACCUGGGCCUCAGUCAGCUUGAGCUGAUCGGACACAGUAUCUUUGAUUUUAUCCAUCCCUGUGACCAAGAGGAGCUUCAGGACGCCCUGACCCCCCGGCAGAGCCUGUCCAAAAAGAAGCCGGAGGCCCCCACCGAGCGGUGCUUCUCCUUGCGCAUGAAGAGCACCCUCACCAGCCGCGGGCGCACCCUCAACCUCAAGGCGGCCACCUGGAAGGUACUGCACUGUUCUGGACACAUGAGGGCCUACAAGCCCCCUGCACAGUCUUCCCCGGCCGGGAGCCCCAACUUGGAGCCCCCCCUGCAAUGCCUGGUGCUAAUCUGUGAAGCCAUCCCCCACCCUGGCAGCUUGGAGCCCCCGUUGGGCCGGGGGGCCUUCCUCAGCCGCCACAGCCUGGACAUGAAGUUCACCUACUGUGACGAGAGGAUUGCGGAGGUUGCUGGCUACAGCCCUGAUGACCUGAUUGGCUGUUCUGCCUAUGAGUACAUCCAUGCGCUGGACUCAGAUGCAGUCGGCCAGAGCAUCCAUACCUUGCUGAGCAAGGGCCAGGCAGUAACGGGGCAGUACCGCUUCCUGGCCCGGAGUGGUGGCUACCUGUGGACCCAGACCCAGGCCACAGUGGUGUCGGGGGGCCGGGGCCCCCAGUCUGAGAGUAUCGUCUGCGUCCAUUUCCUGAUCAGCCGGGUGGAAGAGACCGAAGUGGUGCUGUCCCUGGAGCAAACGGAGCGACACUCUCGCAGACACGUUCAGCGGGGCACCCCCUCUCAGAAGGAUGCCCCUAAUCCCGGUGACAGCCUUGACACCUCUGGUCCCCGGAUCCUAGCCUUCCUGCACCCCCCUGCCCUGAGUGAGGCCGCCCUGGCCGCUGACCCCCGUCGUUUCUGUAGCCCUGACCUCCGUCGCCUCCUGGCACCGAUCCUGGAUGGGACUUCAGUAGCCGCUACCCCCAGCGCACCCCCAGCCCCACGACGCCCCCGAAGUCCUCUUCCGGCUGAUCUCCCAGAUGAACUACUUGUGGAUGUGGAGAAUGCACACAAACUCUUUGCCUCUGGGAAAGACCUUGAGGCAGUGGAGACAGAUCUAGAUAUAGCUCAGGACGUCGAUGCUCUGGACUUGGAGAUGCUGGCCCCCUACAUCUCCAUGGAUGAUGACUUCCAGCUCAACUCCAGUGAGCAGCUACCCAGGGCCUACCACAGACCUCCAGGGGCUGUUCCCCGGCCCCGUGCACGGAGCUUCCACGGCAUGUCGCCCCCAACCCCUGAGCCCUCCCUGCUGCCCCGCUGGGGGAGUGACCCCCGGCUGAGCUGUUCCAGCCCCUCCAGAGGGGACCCCUCAGCAUCCUCCCCCAUGGCUGGGGCUCGGAAGAGGGCCCUGGCCCAGAGCUCAGAGGACGAGGCAGAGGGGGUGGAGCUGCUGGGAGUGAGACCCCCCAAACGAUCCCCCAGCCCAGAACCCGGAAACUUCCUGCUGCCUCCCCUCAGCCUGAGUUUCCUUCUGACAGGAGGACCAGCCCCAGGGAGCCAGCAGGAUCCCAGCACCCACCUCCUAGAACUGAAUGAGCCCCUGGGCCUGGGCCCCUCCCUGCGCUCUCUCUACCCGGACGAGGACACCACCCAGCCCAGGAGCCACUUUCAGCCAGCGGCAGGCUUGGCCCAGGCCAACUGAGCCAGGUCCUCUUCCCAUCUCCCUUCUCCCCCCCACCAAGAAAGGACGUCAGUCAUACUCCAAGCCGGCAGCCAAUGCACAGGA